AUGCAAAUCGAUGCCGCCGUUUUGGCUUCUAUGAUCUCCUUCAGAAUUCUCAUCACCUUCAAAGAAGCUGGAAUCAUAAUUGGCACCAGAGGCGAAUGUGUCGAAAACAUUAGAACAAAAACAAAUGUCAAAGCUGGUAUCUCCAAGUUGGUUCCUGGCUCAAUUGAUCGGAUUUUGACCAUAUCUGGUCAAGUCAAUAAUGUUUGUGAUUCCUUGCAAUUGUUUGCCCAAGCUUUAUUAGACUCUCAAGACAAUUCCAUAAAUUCAACUGCUAAAUCUUUUUCUUCAGGUAGUAAUAACAAUUAUUUUCCAAUUAAGCCUCUUUGUCCCCAACCAAAUCCAAAGGGCUCAAUAACUCUUCGAUUAAUGAUUCCUCAUUCUCAAAUGGGCUCAUUAAUCGGUAAACAAGGUCUUCGAAUUAAAGAAUUGCAAAAAAAAUUUUCAAUCUUAACAAUUGCCUCAAAGGAUUUUCUACCAAAUUCUACUGAAAGAGUCGUUGAAAUCCAAGGUACUCCUCAAAAUAUUAAUCUUGCUUGUCAAUUAAUCUCAAAACACUUAAUUGCUGAUUGGCAUAAUGCAACUGGUACUCUAUAUUAUAUUCCACACUCAAGACCUCAUAAUAACAAUUAUGCUCACAAUAAUCAUAACAACCAUAAUAGUCAUAACUAUAAUGUUUCAAACCAGUCUGCUUCAAAUUCUUCUUCAUCUUCUGACUCAACUAUAACCCAAACUAUUGAAUUUCCCUCCGAUAUAGUUGGCUGUUUAAUAGGUAAAAAGGGUAUUAAAAUAAAAGAAAUUAGAAAUAAAUCAAACUGUGUCAUAAAUAUUGCAGAAAAGGAUUCAAAAUCAAAUCAAAGAUUAUUCAAAUUAAUAGGAAAUCAAUAUAAUAUUGAUAAAGCCUUAUCCCUAUUAUACACUCAAAUUGAAAAAGAAAAAGCAAGAAGAAACAUCAAUAAUGAAAACAACAAUAACGACACUUUAGAAAUUAACGAAAAUAUCAAUCUUGAAAUUGAUCAUGACAAUUAUGAUGAUAAUAAUAAAAUUUCAACCAAUAGUAACAUUCCAGAUACAAGCAACAUUUUAAAUGAUAUUGACACUUCUGAUAGUUUUAUUAACAAUUCAUCAAAGCUCACAAUUAAUGAUAAUUAA